AUGUCGGCUUGGCAAAAAUUCACCGACUACGGCAUCUGCACAAACCGCAUCGAAGAGACGAUCUGGCUGCAUGGAUGCGCGAAUCUCUUGGAGGAGUGGGUGGAGAGCUGGAUGAAGAAGUGGGCACCUCCGACAGCAGAACCACCGAUUUGCAGUCGAUCACCUCGAGCCGAAGGUGACACAACCGUCAUGCAGAGAGCCAUGUGCCCGUGGGAAUCAAGAGUGGAUUUUGACGAGACGCGUGAGCCGAAGAUCGUCUCCGAAGCGGUGUGUUUGUGCCGUCGAAGUCGCGGAGCCACUGGAGCGUUCUGUCUGCCCAUAAAGAGAGAG